GGGCCCCCAGGCGGCGGCCGGGCCAAGCCCGAGCCCAAGAUCUGCGUCUUCUGCCGGAACAACGGGGCGCCCCAGGAGGUGUUCGGCUCGCACGUGCUCAAGAGCUUGGACGGCCGGGUGCUGUGCCCGAUCCUGCGCGCCUACACCUGCCCGCUGUGCAGCGCCCGCGGCGACAACGCGCACACCAUCAAGUACUGCCCGCUGUCCCGCCAGCCGCCGCCCCAGCGCGUCCUCAAGGGCCGGGCCGCGGGCCGCCGCCUCCCCCUCUUCUAGCGCCGGAGCCAGCGAAACGCCGCACCCCGCGCGCACCCCGGAUUGCACACGCACCUGCGUGGCACGCUCGGCCGGACACACGCACCCCGGAUCGCACGCUCAGCCUGACACAUGCACCCGCAUCACACUCGCACCUGCGUGGCACGCUCGGCCGGAGACACGCACCCCGGAUCGCACGCUCAGCCUGACACACGCACCCACAUCACACUCGCACCUGCAUCGCAAGCUUGGCCGGAC